AAACACAUACCUUUGUAUCCAUACAGCUAGUAGCUCUAUAAACACAUUGAUUCCAGUCACCAUGAGUUAGUUAGUUUGUGUAGUAUGGCCUGUAAAGUGAAUGCCAUCACCUCAUACUUUACAGCUGUAGUAGUGCUAGCAAUUCUAAUCUUAGUCACUUAUAAUGUAGUCUUAUUAUCAAGUUACAAACAGACAAUAGUAACUCAAACACGGAUGAAAGAUGAAGGAUUGGUACACCAAAACAAAGCACAGAAGUUGAAUCCACUCGACUUAAUCCCAAAGUUUCGUUCCCGAAAAGACUCUCUUUUAAAGCAACCACCGAUUAAUGAGCAAGAACACUUUAUUGAUAAAAUUCCCAAACGCCAACUUUUAGACAAUACUAUUUACUCUGAGGAUUUGAAUGGAGAAGAUCUCCAAAGAUUUGAGUAUUGUGAGAGCUCCAUGAGGCAAUCCAACGUUAUCCCUUCUAGAGACAAGUGUAACUUUCUAGACAGUACUGGGAGGGAGGCAGUUGCUCUAGUCAGCUUCCCUGGCUCGGGUAACACGUGGAUCCGUGGUUUAUUAGAGGAGCUGACAGGAGUUUGCACUGGAGCAGUGUACUGUGACAUCAGUCUACGUGCGGAGGGGUUCAGUGGCGAGUUCGUCCGUAGUGGGUCCGUGUUGGUCGUGAAGACUCAUCGACAUAGCCCUAUUUGGACGGGGACCAAUCUUAGACGGCCAUUAUCUGAAAGUGAAGGAAAGUACGGCUCUGCUGUUUUUGUUGUAAGGAAUCCAUUCAAGGCGUUGGUGGCCGAAUGGAAUCGAAUAGUGGCCAAUGGUUUCAAUUCACACACUGUGUUCUUGGAUACACACGUUAAGCAAGCAGGAGAGGAAUGGUUUGGAGAGAAUAGUCGGUGGGCAGAGUUUGUACAUGGACAAGCUCGGAAGUGGUUUAUCAUGAUCUACAACUGGAUCCACAAGAAUCGACAUCAGCCUCUACUGCUGAUCAAGUACGAGCAACUCAGGAAUAAUAAGGCGCUGGAAAUGCACAAAAUUCUCAAGUUCUUAGACAUAAAGUUCACCAUUGAAGAGGUUCAGACAAGAAUUGAUAAUGGAUUUAGCACGUUUCACAGACGCAAGAACAAUGUGACUUUUGAACACUUCACAAUAGAACAGAAACGAUGGGUCAACAGUGCCAUACUCAAUGCAACAGCUUUAACAGAAACACUUGAUUUCAGGGAAUAUUUAAUCAAUGUCUAGCUAGAAUGUUAUACCUGCAAGUAUCUAUCUAAAUCUAGAGUUACUUUGUUCCUUUUUAGUAGUUCGUUUGUUUUUUGUAUCAUUGACUUUAUGAAGUAGAUUUGUUCAAGUGUGUAA